AGCUGCCCUUUGGUAAAUGUAGCCCAUAAUCCGGUGUCCUCCAGCGUGGAACAACAGGAACAGGUCUUGACCUCCUUCUGCGAGACUUCAUGAAAGGGUGCCGUCACAGUCCCCUCCGUCGCCUUCCCUCAAGGCUGAAUGUGCCCGGCUCCUUCAGCCUCUGUUUGAAGCCGCUGCGCAACCACCUUCUCCACGGCCUUCCCCAGAAAGUGAAGUUGUGCGGCUGUGGGCUCUUGGGCGUGGGAAUAUGGCUCUCGGUAUCCCAAGGAAACUUUGCCACGUUCUCUCCCACUUUCCCAUCACUGUCGGCUGCCAACCUGGUCAUUGCCAUCGGUACCAUUGUCAUGGUGACGGCCUUCCUGGGCUGCUUGGGUGCUAUCAAGGAGAACAAGUGCCUCCUCCUAAGCUUUUUUGUCGUCUUGCUGAUCAUUCUCCUGGCUGAACUGAUAUUACUGAUUUUGUUCUUUGUUUAUAUGGACAAGGUGAGUGAAAGCGCAAAGCAGGACCUGAAGGAGGGCCUCAAGCUGUAUAACACAGACAAUAACGUUGGGCUGAAGAACGCGUGGAAUAUCAUUCAAGCAGAGAUGCACUGCUGUGGAGUAACUGAUUAUAGAGAUUGGUACUCCGUAUUGGGUGAUAACGUUGUCCCUGACAGAUGCUGCAUGGAAAAUUCCCAGGAUUGUGGUCGGAAUUCCAACAACACAAGCUUGGUGUGGAAAACGGGGUGCUACGAGAAGGUCAUGACGUGGUUUGAAGAUAACAAGCAUAUCCCCGGGGCAGUUGGGAUGUGCCUCCUCAUAAUACAGAUUCUUGGAAUGGCCUUUUCCAUGACUCUCUUCCAGCAGAUUCACAGGACCGGUAAAAAAUAUGAUGCCUAAAACACUGUUUUGUAACCUCAUCAGCCCUUCUCUGUUGCCAUUAGGACAGAACAACAACCGCAAAAAUGCAAAUCAAAGUUUGUCUGACCUUGGGGCUGCCUGCCCCUUUAGUUCACUGGCGGCCUCUUUCCCAAGACGGAUUAAACCGAACACGAGUAUUACAGGACCUUUUUGUAUCUUCUCGUUCAUCGUUUUGCCAAAGAAGAGGGGAACCCUCCUGAACGCAAGUCAGUUUUCGACUCCUACUCAAAGGUCCUGUUUCUGACCUUUAAGGCGGAAUAAUAUCCUAGUACUGAUCAGUAUUAGACCUCUGAGGGUAGCCGAAGGACGCGUCUGUUAACUUUUUAAAAUAAUCUUUUUUAAAUGACUUGUACCCAACUGGGUACUGGGACUUGAAUGAAGCCAUUCAGAUGACACCCCUAUCAAUUGGACCUGCUUGGACAGAGGGGUUUGGGGGGGGUCAGGGGUACCUUACUGUAUCUUACAGAAUAUUAAGUAUUUUCUUUUCUUCUUUUCUCAUGUUUUCCCCCAGAAUUCUAUUGUGCAGUCUUUGAAAAAUGCCAUUUUUACAGUUUUAAAUUUAAAACAGUUUUAAAUUUAAAACCGGGAGGAACAAUGCAGCUGUUUCUGUUACGAUGCGCUUAAAAGAGACUCAGCCGUUGAUUAGUCUCUGCUAAGCUGGAGUCAGGCCGUGAGAAUCCGGAGACCAGAGCACACCCCCCAACACACACCCCGGGCUUUUCAGGCGGGGAUCUUCCACAUAAGGCAUUAGCGAAACAAACGUCUCCCCGGGAGCAUCUCGCUCUGAAAAAGUUAGCGUUGGCGGCGGCGGCGGCUGCUCAAGGGCGAGCUGGUACAUGUCGGGAGACCCGGCCGAUGACCCUGCCUUGGCUCUCACUUCUGGUAGUCUUAAAAUAGGAUGGGAGUGACAGACUUUUGAUAACUAGGCUAUGAUGCCCUUACUAAGGCUUCCCUCUGAUCUUUAGAAAAUCUGCGACUUCGGUCAAAGGAGGGAUACCCUCCAUAACAAGAACCAGCAAUCACUUUUGUAUUUCACAGAAUAAAACAGCAAUUUCCAAACGUCGUAUCAAGCUAGUGAGCAAAAAAUAAAUAAUGGAUGGGUCUUAAAAGUCAGGUUUUCUGCGUACCCGGAAGCUGCCUCCCUUUCUCUGCAUGGCUCCUUGCUCUAGUUGUGGCAGGUAAUGCUGCCCCGCUGGGGGUGCACCAGUUGUUGCUUUCUGGAGGCAGAAACACCGUUACUUGUCCCUGGGAGCAGGUUGGUUGCUUGGCGGCUUUGCGUGGGUAAUUGCCUGGAAGUUGCCUCCUUCCCAGGAGAAAAUAUGCUGAGAUUGGUGCUCAUGCAAAACGUGAGUUAUUCCCACUUUUGCAUCCUCUAAAAAUAAGUGUGUAGUGUAAGAAUGAAACUUUUUCAGGAAAAGUAGGAAAUCAUGAAUGAUUAAACCAGUGGAUUCUCCUCCUCCUCCUCCUCCUCCUCUUUUACUUCCAGGGUCAGAGUAGUAGAUAAGGUCAAGGGAGAGGAUUUCCUCCUUUUUUGUGUAGUUAAAGCUCAAGGGCUCAGCUUUAGCUACACUGCUGUGGUGUAUGGCAGACCACGGGUGAGCCGAGAGACAAGGGUGGAGUGCAACCGAGGCUCCUAUUUGGAAAUAAUCGCCAGUGAGCAUCUGAGAGAAAAGGAAAGGAACCUGAAUUAACAUCAGGGAAGCCUCAGAUGAAACGAGAGGGUUAAAUAAUGUGGUCCAAGGCCCUUUCCUUUUCCUUUAACCUUUAUUACAUCAAACUAAUUAACAGAAAUAAAAAUUGCAUACCCUGCAAACCAGGUGUAGAUUUAUCCUUCUAACGCUGCAAAAUAAUUAUUUUUACCAUCUCCAUGCACAAGAAAUCUACAGUUCUUGAUGCCCCAGAUUCCAGAUUCUGGUGAUAGAGCCAAACGCACCCAUCCUUGACUCACCACGCUCAUUUUCGUCAUUAUUGCACUCUUACAGACUUGGACCCAAAAUAUGGUAACAAUGGGGCAAGCCUAGAAUUAAUCUCCAUCUCUUGAAGUAUAUCUCUAGUAGCCACCCUUACCGAACAACCUCUGAGGCCCUUAAUACGUAUGAGAUAGGAUUUUUGCUGUGUUAACCACAUUUUAAGAUUAAAAAUAGUUUCACAUUCUUUAAGGCAACUGUCCAUUGGUUUUAAAAAUGCAGGUCAUUCCAAGUUACUGUAGGUAGUUAAUAUCAGUUUCUUCAAAGUCUUCAUUCAAAAAGAAAAUGGGUAGUCCCAAAAGCCCCUCACAGCUGCGGCUGUUCAGAGGGAGAAAUAGCAUCAGGACCAAACAUCCAGGUAACAAACACUUAACUAGAAUAAACUGCCAAGAAGCAAUCUGAAGUAAAUCAAAUUCAGUUUUUAUAGACUUUUUAAAAACAAUUGCAUCAGAACUAUGUUUUUCAAAAGUAAAGACAAACUGAAAGGUUCAAUUUACUAAAAAAAAAUUAAAACAAAAAGUGGAUUAAUUAUCUAUUUUUAAAUGGGAGGAAUAGCAUAAUGCAAACUUUUAUGCAUAAGGGAGUUAGAGUUUUGUCUGCAACCAAAUCUCUUCUCUAUUUAUCUUGUGACAUUAAGUUUCCAAUACUGAAACUAAUCCCUGAACAAACCAGGAUUUCAGACGAAUGAAAUGGUUCAAGUUGAAAGCAAUCAGGAGCUGAAUUCUGAGGUUCCUAAUUCCAGCCUGCGACAGAAGCUAAAAUAAAUGCAAAAUGCUAAGCCUGAAAGGGUGGACAGUUAAAUCCAUAUUUGCCAGCUGGUCAUUGUAACUCACGCCAUGAAAAUCCUAAGAUAUACCCCUUCCAGAGAAAAUUAUUUAAUACAUUUGCUUGAAAUAAUAUAAAGGCACAAGAAGGUCUUUUAAAAUAUACGUAGAGUUAAAGUUACCUUAAGCAUAUUUAUUGCCCCGGCAACUGAAAGGAAUUCUAAAUUCUUCUUUAGUUUGAUCCAGAAUUGGAGAUGAUUUCAAAUUCGCGCUUAAGAAAGGUUCCCACGGGCCUUUAUCCCCAGGUCAACAAAAGGAUCAGGAAGCAGCUGCAAGCCUCAGUCACCAGCUUUGUGGGAAUCAGUCCACUGGCCUCAGGCCUGACUUCCUCUGAGUUACAGAGUGACCGCGCAGGGGGACAGGAGGAAUGUCCCUGACCUCUAUAAAACAUGCCAUCUGUAGGUGACAGAGCCUCGGACUCUCCCUCGUCUUCUGUGAUCCUCUUAAUAUUUUCAGGUUUCUAACAGUGCUGACAAGAGGACAUCCUUGACUCGUUCCACGACGCAAGGCACAUCAUUUACAGGUGAUCUGGCAGUGAAAUGAAAUACGUUGAUCCAGGGCAUAAAACUCUGUGGAAAUCCAAAAUAAGCCAGUACAUGCUUUAGAAACUUCCAAGAACCAAAUCAGACGUUUUCUCGUGUCUAAAGAAACAAAGGCUUCUGGGUUCUGUCUAAGGCAAUUUAUAUGAAUUAAACAUCUAAUUAUCAGAACAAUAGUCUGAUAAGCAUUAAUAUAAUACUCAGCAAUACUGGUGAGCAUAGGCAGAAAAACAAGGUGUAAUCCAUAAUCCACUCAAACUAGGUUUAUAACUGGAACAAACAAACUUGGCUUGGAAAGAACUAUAGUAUUUGCCUCAUUUAAACUAAGAAUAGGAAUCUAUUUGACAAAUUUUCAAUAUAUAUCUCUAAUAAAAAACGGAGAUACAAACCCAAUAUAUUUUUUGUCCCAGUCAAGGAGAAGACCAUCAGUUCUGAAGCUUUCCAUGGUUUCAUAAAUGUAAUGGUAGUCACAAUCUCUUGAAUAAACAGAAGGAGUAAAA